UAGCAAGGAUACGGAUAGGUGGGGAGGGGCACGACCUGCAGCUAGGGGUUUAUCUUGGCUGGAGUAAGACUUCCACAACAAGAGAUCAUUCGUGGGGUCUUCUUGUCCCCAGCCAGUAUGCGUAUUUAUCAGGAGUGCGCAAUGAGUGCCGUGGCUUUCUUUAGUGGAAGAUGGCCAAGGGAUCUAGAAGGCUGGUGCUGGGGUUCCUGCUUCUGCUUCUGCUCUAUGCCACCUUCCUGCGCUCCAAUAUCGCAUCUCUUCAUCUCGGGAAGUUGCAAUUACCCCAUUGGUCCGAUAAUCUCAUACCGACCGGAAGAAGCGACGGUACAAAUGUUGACGAUGUGGAGCUCACACGGUUUCUUCUGCGGAGACUAGUACCAGGAAAAGCCCGAAGAGAGCUGAGCCAGAAUGGCAUAUCCUGCAUAGCCGAUCCCGAGUCCGACCUAUGCGUCACUACAGACGCCGUCAGGAUAUCCACGGCCACCUCCUCCUCCCCCGCCACCGUCUACCUCACCGCCGGCCAGCAACUUCGCCCCGGGUUCAACCCUUUCGUCCUCCGUCCCUAUCCUCGGAAGACCGACUCCUUCGCCAUGCAGCGCACGGCCCCCGUCCACCUCCUCGCCGCCCACUCCAAACCCCCGCCCUGCGACUCAACCCACCCAUUCCCUGCGAUCCUCUUCUCCACAGGCGGCUUCGCCGGCAACUUCUUCCACGACGUCAACGACGUCCUCAUCCCUCUCUUCCUCACCGCCGGCCACCUCCGCUCCCGCGCCCAACUUCUCGUCGCCGACUUCGAACCUUGGUGGACCCAGAAGUACCGCCGCGUCCUCCUCCACCUCUCCUCCGCCGCGAGCCUCGCCGUCGCCUCCUCCCCCUCGACCCCCGUCGAGCCGAAAGUCCACUGCUUCCCGGCGGCCGUGGUGGGCCUCAAGUACCACGGCAGCCUCCUCUGCAACACCUCCGACUCCCCCGGCGGCGUCUCCACCCUCGACUUCCGGCGCUUCCUCCACGACGCCCUCGGCCUCAAGGGAGAGCGUGCGGCAGGGGCGAUGAGGCCGGUGCUGGUGCUCAUCUCGCGGCGGAGGUCGCGGGCGCUGCUCAACGAAGACGGGGUGGUGGCACUGGCGAAGAAGGUGGGGUUCGAGGUGGAGGUGACGGCGCCGGCGAGGAUGUCGAGCGUGGGGGAGUUCGCCGGGGUGGUGAACGGGUGCGGGGUGCUGAUGGGGGUGCACGGGGCUGGGCUGACCAACAUGGUGUUCCUGCCGGCAGGGGCCGUGGUGGUGCAGGUGGUGCCGUGGGGGCUGGACUGGGCGGCGGCGGAAUACUACGCGCGUCCGGCCAGGAGGAUGGGGCUGCACUACGUUGAGUACCACGCGGCGGUGGAGGAGAGCACGUUGUAUGAUAAAUAUCCCAAGGAUAAUCCGGUGCUCGUCGAUCCGUGGUCGAUAAACCGGCAAGGAUACAAUGUAAGCCGGCCGAUUUAUACUGAUGGCCAGAACUUGACGCUGGACCUGGCGAGGUUCAGGGAGACGCUGUCGCAAGCGUUGCAGCUGCUCCCCCGGCCCACCCGUCCUUGGUGAAGCUGGACGGCGACGACGGAUUAACAAAAGGGAUUACCAAGUACCAACCACAUUUAUUUCUUGUAAUUAUGAAUCAUUACGUAUUAGCUAAAGGAAAGCAAUUAUUUCCGAUUUGACAUGGAUAAAGUAUAACAAUUCAAAGCCUGUGUUCGCGGAAUGAAACCGACCAAGAUUCUGGCCAGAAUCGAUCAUUGAGUAAUGGUAUGAUCGCAGUUUUUAAUAACUGAGCGAAGGUUGCCACGAAAUCCCUUUCGCUAAUAGUUGCCCGUGCAAGUGUGUCCACCGAAUCGUUGAUGUAGUAGUGGUGGAUUAUGUGAUUGGUGUAUCUUCACGGAACAAGAUGUAGUUACGGUCUACUUCGCAUGCACCAGCUUUGCUGGGACAGUUCUCGGCGGGUUACAGGAGAUGUAUCAAGUGGCCAGUUUGGCCCCUUUUUUUUAUUUUAAAAAAAUCUUCUUUAGCAA